GAUGCUUAUCCCUUCGAUUACCUGGGCGAUGUCAGCAAGAAGGAGGAUGGCAACCCGCAGUUGGUCAAGCGUGCCACCCAGUACAUCACCCAGGCACGCGACGCCGGUAAGCCAUUUUGCCUGGUCGUCGCGUCCCACGAUGGCCAUGGCCCUUACACGACCGGCGAUCCCUCGCAGUACGACGCCGCCACGUUGCCGCUGGAAAAGGAUAAGAUCGACACGCCUGCGUAUCGCCGAGAGUUUCAACAGCACCUCGCCGAAGUGACCAACUUGGACGCGCUGCUUGGCGACUUGCGCGCGGUUUUGAAACAGGAAGAGUUGGCCGACAACACGCUUGUGGUUUUCUGCUCGGAACAAGGAAAUGCUUUUCCAUUCGCCAAGUGGACCUGCUUUAACGACGGUCUAGCCAGUGGCGUUGUGGUCGCAAUGCCCGGCAAAAUACCUGCCGGGUCAUCCAGCAAGCAGCUUACCUGGAUCGCCGAUAUCGCUCCGACGUUGCUUGAAGCGGCCGGGGGCGAAGCAUCCGCUGAAGACUUCGACGGCAAAAGCCAAUGGCAAAAUUGGACCGGUGCCGAUCAGCCGGUGCACGACUACGCUUACGGAGCAUUCACCAAUUGCAACAUCAUCGACAACCGCGAUCGGGUCUUUCCGAUACGUUCCAUCCGCGACACGCAGUACACACUUCUCUGGUCGCCUCGGGCAGAAGAGACGAUCACGUCGAACACGACACUGACGCAGGCACUGCAGUGGAUUCAGACCCCAGACAUGAACGGCAAAGCGAACCCGGCCGCGUCUUGGGUUCGCAAAGCAUUACGCACCGAAUCGCCCGAAGCAAUCGAGCUGAUGCAUCGCCUGCACAAUCGACCAGAGUGGGCAUUGUACGACCGCCAAGCCGACCCGGAAGAACUGAACAACCUGAUCGACGACCCCCAGCAUGCCGCGAAAGCGGAAGAACUCAAGGAAGCGUUGAACGCAUGGCUUUCGCGCUGGGACGACGCUGAUCCAGUCGCUACGGAACGAGGCUUCGUGAAACAGCGCUAG